UACAAGACCCCCAGAAUGUCACGCAAUGGUACGGUCCGUGUAAUUGUACCACGUGACCCGGUUGCUAACUCGCCCCAGGACGCCGUGCGGUGUUGGAGACCGCUAGUUCAGAAAAUGCAGUAAGAUGUGACCAUGGCAGCAGUCACCUGAUGCAGUAACCAAGGAGACGACCAAUCACAGCCCAGCAUUCUAUAAUUCAAACGUCACCAGCAGCAGUUCUCCCAUUGCCAUGGCGACCCAGGUGCGACUCAUCAGCAUGUCUCGAGGCAGCAGUACCUCGCUGGACCAGCCAGACGACAUCCAGGCCGAGGUGUAUGUGAGUGGCAGUGGGAAGUUCUGUCUUAGCCUCCACGGCCGCGAGCUGUGUGAGAUUCCACCGGACAUCUUCAGCAUGGAGGAGCUGAACUGUCUGUUCCUGGGAAACAACAGCAUCAGCCAUGUACCCAGGGACAUCAGGAAACUCAAGAAUGUACAGGUCCUAGCUAUCCAGGAUAACCAGCUGCCCUGCCUGCCCCCCACCAUGUUCAGUCUCCAUGCCAUGAAGGUUCUGGAGGUCAGCGGCAAUCAGCUCACAGAGUUACCCCGCGACGUCGGGAACCUCAAGCACCUCAACCAGCUGUAUGCAAACAGAAACCUCCUGUCCUCCCUGCCAGAUGAAGUCUGCUCCCUGCAGCAGCUGGAGGUUCUGGGUCUGAAUGAUAACCAGCUGACCUCACUUCCCCCCGGGGUCAGGAACCUCACCAAGAUGAAGAUCCUCGGACUCGACAAUAACAGACUGGAGCGCGUGCCGAAGGGCAUCUGUGAGCUGGACGAGCUGAUCAAGCUGGGACUGUCGGGGAACGGGCUGAAGCACCUCCCGGCCGAAAUGGAAAACCUGUCCAACCUGCGGGAACUCUUGCUCAACGAUAACGAGAUUCAGUACCUGCCUGUACAGCUGUACUGGCUGGAGUGUCUGGAGGAGCUGGCCCUGUCCAACAACCAGCUCAAGUCUCUCUCCCCGCAGAUCAGCCGGCUCAAGGAGCUGCGCAUCCUCGGACUCAACAGUAACCACUUAGAGGUCCUGCCAGAUGAGAUUUGUGAGCUGAGUUACCUGGAGACAUUAGGACUAGACAGUAACCGACUGAAGGCCUUACCUGAGCACAUGGCCAGUCUGGUCAACCUGAAGGAACUGUACAUCGGAAAUAACAGCAUCGAGUAUAUCCCAGACGAUAUCUGUAUACUCACAGAGCUACAGAUUGUAGCGAUGACAGGUAACAAGAUCGACUCCCUGCCAGUGGAGAUCGCUAACCUGAAGCGUGUUCAGCAGUUUGGACUGAACCAUAACCAGAUGUCCCACCUGCCGCUGGGCAUGUGCUCCAUGUACGACCUGCAGCUGCUAUCACUGGAGGGCAACAGGAUCCCUGAACUGCCGCCGGAGUUUUCCAACCUGGUCCACAUCAAGCAGCUUGAGCUGAGCAGCAACGCGCUGGAGGACUUCCCAGACUGCCUCUGUGUGCUGGUCCAGCUCGAGUAUCUGGGCAUGAACAACAACCAGGUUGACCAGGUGCCAGCUGAGAUCUCACAUCUACGGAAACUCAGAGUUCUGCUGCUCAACGGGAAUCAGUUCAGGGAACUACCCAAGGAGAUUUGCACCUUGAGGAAGCUGGAACGUCUCGGCCUGUCCCGUAACCUUGUCACCAAGGUCGCAGUAGAGGUCAAGAAACUGGACAACCUGACGGAACUCAGUCUCAACCAUAACCAGUUCACAGAGUUCCCUACACAGGUGUGCUAUAUCCCCAACCUGCAGCUGCUGACCUUUGACCAGUCAGGUGGCCCAGGUGUGCAGGCGUUACCUGACGAGAUCUCCGAGCUUCAGCAUGUGACAGAGCUGGUGCUGGACAACAACAACAUCAUGGUGCUGCCUACAGUCAUGGGCUCCAUGUCGAACCUUCUGCACCUGUCCCUGGCCAACAACCAGCUGAUGUUUGUACCCGAGAGCCUGUGUGAGCUUCCGCAGCUGCGCAGUCUUCAGCUGCAGGGAAACCAGCUGCAGCGCCUGCCCAAUAACUUCGGACACCUGGCAAAAGAAGUGGACUUGAACCUGACCGGGAACCCGCUGACCCGACCCCCCACCGUGGUGUGUGACGGAGGGAAGGUCACCCCCAUCGGCCGGUACCUGAAGAAGGCAGAACAGAGAGACGAGCUGCUGCUACAGAAGAUGGUGCAGUGUGUUCAGUCCUCCAUCACAACUAAAGAUGUCUACACAACUGUACUGCCCAAACUCAGACUACCCAAGGAUGCGCUGGAUGUUCUGGCGGGGAUGGGCCGUCACGCGCCGAUCCCGGACAAGCUGCGGGUCGCCCUGGCAAGAUGGCGGGACCUCCAGCCCACGCCCGCCGCCGGCACGGAGCGCCUGAUCAGGAUCUUCGACGUUCUGGACAUUCAGGACAUCCUGAACAAGCUAAAAACCAUGAAGAUCAGGGCACAGCAGCACAGGUUAUAGGUCAGGGGUCACAGGUCAGGGAAUUGUUGGUCAAAGGUCAGAGAAGUUUGGUCAAAGGGCAGGGAAGUGUAGUUCAA